UUCAGGGUGCCCUGAGGGGUGAGGGGGAUCCCAUCGGGAAUCAGCCGGAGGAGGAUCCAUGAAAGGCUGGUCGCGAUGGUGAAGCUGUUCAUCGGGAACCUGCCGCGGGAGGCGACGGAGCAGGAGAUCCGCUCCCUGUUCGAGCAGUACGGGAAGGUGCUGGAGUGCGACAUCAUCAAGAACUACGGCUUCGUGCACAUCGAGGACAGGACGGCGGCCGAGGACGCCAUCCGCAACCUGCACCACCACAAGCUGCACGGCGUCUGCAUCAAUGUGGAGGCCAGCAAGAACAAGAGCAAAGCCUCCACCAAGCUGCACGUGGGCAACAUCAGCCCCGCCUGCACCAACCUAGAGCUGCGCGCCAAGUUCGAGGAGUACGGCCCCGUCAUCGAAUGUGACAUCGUCAAGGACUACGCCUUCGUGCACAUGGAGCGGGCCGAGGAUGCCGUGGAGGCCAUCCGGGGGCUGGACAACACCGAGUUCCAAGGCAAGCGGAUGCGCGUGCAGCUGUCCACCAGCCGGCUGCGGACGGCGCCCGGGAUGGGAGACAAGAGCGGCUGCUACCGCUGCGGGAAGGAGGGGCACUGGUCUAAGGAGUGCCCGGUCGAUCGCCCGGGGCAAGUGGCGGACUUUGCCGAGGCCUAUAACGAGCAGUACGGAGCCGUGCGCACUCCCUACACCGCGGGCUAUGGGGAGACCGUGUAUUACGAUGAGGCCUACGGCGGGAUGGCCGACUACUACAAGCGCUACCGCGUCCGCUCCUACGCCACGGCCUCGGCGUACGACGCCUACGCGGAGCAGACCAUGGCCCAGUACUCCCAGUACGCCCAGUACUCCCAGGUCCAGUCCUCGGCCAUGGCCGCCACCACGGCCAUGGCCGGCCGCAUCCCCACCACCUUAGACGCGUACGACCGAGCGCUGCUGCCCACCCCGGGCGCGGCGGCCGCCGUCGCCGCCGCCGCCGCCACCGCCGCGGCCGCCGCCGCGUCCUCCACGUAUUACACCCGGGACAGGAGCCCCCUGCGCCGCACGGCCGCCGCGGCCAGCACCGUCGGAGAGGCGUACACGUACGAGCGUGGGCAGCUGUCGCCCGUCUCCUCGGUGGCCCGGGCGUCCCUCUACGACAUGCAGCGCUUCGGGCAGGAUCUCUACAUGGAGCGGGCGCGGUACUCCAUCUUCUGAGGAUCACUGCAGACCUCCCGGGACUCGCCGCUGUUACCGUGGCUCCACAGCCCCUGGAUAUUGCCACCGUGCCAGGUCAGACGGGCCCCAGGUCGCUGCCGCCGCCGCGUCCCCUCCCUGUCACCGGGACCCCCGUCCCCACCGGAGCCGCCUGAGCCGCCACGUCCCAGCGCCCGCGUGUCCCCGCGUCUCCCCGGUUGUUCCUGAGUGUCCCCAUGUCCCCCAUGUCCCCUCACCUCUCUGCUCUCUUCCAGGUGUGGCGGCCUCGGAUGGAGCCCUGUCCCCCCCGCCUGCGCCCCCCCUUUUUGUACGGAGCUUCCCCAGAGUCCCCCCCACUCUUCUGCCCGGGUGGGGGCACCCCCGGCCUCACCCGCCCCUUUGCCAGCAAAAUAAACAUUUUCACAUUUUCA